AUGUCGCGUACUAUUGUGCUUGGGCUCGGCUUCGUGCUGCUUGUCUGUUGCUCAGGUGGAUUUGCUGAUGAGGAAUCCUAUGGAAAAUCGCAUUACAAAGCAGAAAGGAAACUUGACGUGGCCGCCGGGAGAGCCCUAUGCGCGAUGACGGAUUAUUCCACCAAAGUUUCUGGAGAAUCGGCUGAUUAUUUUGUAGAAGAGUCUGACCGGCUGGCCGCAUUGUUGGCUGAUGAUAAAAAGAGGGUGAGUUAUUAUCUUGAAUACAUUGGACCCCGACUGGAUGAAAAAAGCAACUCGUAUGCCACAGUCGCGGCUAAGCUGCGCGAGCAGUGCGAGGCAGCUCAGAAAGACAUUGACCAAGGAGAGGCGACAGCGCAAGAGGUCGCUGAAAAGAUUAAAGGAUCAAUCGAUGGAGCGAAGGGAGCGGCGGCACAGGCGUUGGGUGAAGACGAAAUUGAGGACCAUAAUAAAGCCACAGGUCUCUUAAAGGUUCUGAACUGGCAUUGCGGUGGAGAUAUUAAGCGAGGGCUGAAGUUAUCACCUUAUAGCCACAAUUGUUAUGUUAUCGGGCGGCGCAGAGAUUACUCCGAUGGUGCGAGGAAUGUCAUUCACUGCGAUGGUUUGAGAAAGAGUACGCCUUACCAAAACGUGACUGGGACGAAGAUGAAGCUCGCGUUGGAUAAAUGGGAUAAACAUAAGCCAAAAGCAAAGAGUGGUAAGCCGCCAUGUGAAGAUAAGAGCAAGUACAGCGGCCCGGAUAUCUGUACCGCUUGGGAAGGAUGGUUAGGCGAUUACAAAAGGGCAAUGACCAAAACUCAUGCGAUUGUGACGGAGUUGAGGAAGGCACAACGCGCCGUGUACGUCGCCGAGACAAAGUUGGUGGUGCUUUACAAAAUCUACACCUUGCUUGAAACUGAUGAGGAGACGCCAAAAUCAAUUCUUCGAAACGUAACCGAAUUCGUUAAGCAACGGAAGGACAAAUUGGAACGCACCACUGUCUUGGGGGAAAAUGGAAAACAUGAUGUUGAUAUUUCCCGUGAAAUUAUACUUCCCAACAAUACUGAGGAAGAGGAAGAACUUAUCCAGAAGGCACGUGAUACUGCGCCAUUGGGAAUUAGCGUAGCCGUUUUGGUCGUUGCGAUUGUUGUCCCGCUCGUUUUGCUGAUACUUUUGUUUCUCCUCCUCAGGUGGCACAUGAAAAAAAGGGAUGAGGUGGAAGGACAGGUGGAAAAGAAAGGGAAGGAGGAGGAGUUGGGAUCUGACGUCUUAGAAGGUAAUAUUCUUUAG